CUCAUUUUCACGUUUUCAAAAGAAACGAAAAAAAUUUUAAAUCUGUAACAAAGUCUAUUCACCCCCCCUCUAGACUUUGUAUUUCACCACUUUGGGACCACCAAUUGGUAUCAGAGCAAACUUCUCACUAUCUACGUUUAGAUUAACGAGAAGCGAUCACAAUGGUGAACAAUAUGGAUCACGGUUUGCCCAAGUUUUCUCUUCUAGGUUAUGAUGAUUGGAAGAUCAUGAUGGAAGCACAGCUCUACGCUCUACAUGACUGCAUGUGGAUGGUGCUUGAGGAUGGACCAUUGAAAAUCCAAAUGGAGAAUCCUGAGAGGAAUCCAGCAACUCCAGAUGUAGUCCAGUACAUUCCAAAGCCCAAGGAAAAAUGGGAUGAUAGAGAUAGCAAAAACCACAAUCUGGACAACGUCGCCAAAGCAGCCAUCUUCAAGACACUUGAUCCCAUCACCUUCUCCAAAAUCAAGCAUCUCAAGACUACCAUGGAGAUAUGGCAAGAAAAGAAUGUAAGGUUACUGAGAUCACUUCCAACCGAGUGGUAUACCAAAGCCACAGCCAUAGAAGAAGGAAGAAACCUGGAAAACUACACUGUCCAAGGUCUCCUUGAUGAGCUCAGAACCUAUGAGCACGAGCUGAAGAAGAAGAAGGAAGAACAAGUCACUCCCUUUCCCACGGCACUGAUGACAACUCCAAAAGUCCCAUCAAGUGAAGGGACAUGCCCAAGGAAUUGUGACACACCCUCCUCCAGCCAGCCGUCAAGCUCAAAAAUGGAGAACUACGAUGAGGAAUUUGCCAUGAUGGUCAAGCAAUUCCGGAAGUUCAAGAAGUUCUCCAAGAAGGCUGACUCAGUUAGAAGGCCGUCCAAGGGAAAGCCACAGGUAAGUGACUCUCCUCCUGAAUCUUACUUAUGCUAUAACUGCAGGAAGCCUGGCCACUGGAAGUCAGCAUGCCCGUACCCAAAGGUGGAGAAGUACGGAGAAAGAGAAAGGAACGAGAAGAAAAAGAAGGCAAUGGUUGCUGCUGAAAGUGACGAGUCAUCCAGCUCAAGCUCGGAUGAAGAAGCCCUCGUCUGCAUGGAGCGCAGAGCUGAAAAGUCCAACCAUGAGGAUAGGUGGACUAUGUCAGAAGAUGACACUCUCUGCCUAAUGGCCAAAGAUGAUGCUGAUCAAGAGGUAACCUCACAAACCUCCUGCUCAUCUUCUUAUGAAAGCAUACCAACUUCUGAAAAUCUUUUUGACCAGUUCAAAAAGAUGAUGGAAGAUUUUGAGGAAAUAAAUCUCAAACAUUCAUCCUUAACAGAAGAGAACAAGUUGUUAAGUGAAGAGAAUCUCAAGUUGACUGAAGGUCGGAAAAAUCAACUAAAUGAGAUCACUCAACUUAAAGCUGAAAAUGAAUCUCUCUCUGAAAAGGUGAAAUCCCUUAAUAAAGAGCUAGGGAUACUUAAGUCCAAAGAAGCAGUGGACAAGCUUCUUGAAAUGACCAAACAUAAGGGUCGUGAAGGACUUGGGUUUGACCCCUCCAGUUCCAAAAGGAAAGGGAGAACAACUUUCAUCCCUCCUAAACCUACUGCCAAACCAAAUAAGCAGAAAGGAAAGGAAAAGGAGAAACCAACAGAAGUUCCCAAAAAGGUAGUCCCUCCUAAGAACUAUAGGAAGCUGGACAGACCUCAAAGAGGAAAUAACUUCAGAAGAAAACCCUCUAACCCCUACUAUACACCAGGCUAUACUCAUUAUGGGGUAGACAGGAGUUUUCCAAGAAAUUCUGAGUGGAGAACUAUGCCAAGAUAUAGUCACCCUCCACCCCAGAAGCUAUUUGUGCCACCUAAGUAUGCUUAUAACCGACACAGGACACACCAUGCACAACCUAGACAAAACUAUAGGUCUUAUCAACCUAGGUUUGCUAGGAGGAAACAGGAAAUAGCACCUCCUGCACGAAGAAAUGAUUUCGGCCUUACUAAAGGGCUAGGAAAUCUGGUGUACAAGGGACUAACCAUCCAAGCUGUAUCUUAUGUUGAAGGUCUCAACUCUAACCUUCUUAGCAUAAGUCAGUUUUGUGAUAAAGGUUACUCCUUGGAAUUCUGCAAGGACAUGGCAUCCCUCAAGAACAUCUCCACAAAUGAAGUCAUUCUCACUGGGAAGAGAAUCAGAAACAUCUAUGAAGUUGUCGGCGCUAAUAUUCACUUCCAGAAGUUAGAAGCCAAGUGCUCUUCACUGACAUUCUUUCAAAGUUAUCUGGAGAUGAUAGCCGCUCAAGAACUCUCCAAAUUUCAUCAAAUGGAGAUUCGCCUUAAAUUUGAAGAAGAAGUUCUUGAAUUCUACAGAAAUGGAGAGGUCAAGACUGCUCAUUCAAAGAAGGACCCACAGAGGACGUUUCCGGUCAUCAAGUCCACUGUCGGAGGUACAAAAGUGAAGCUUUCACAGAAGAAAUUGGGAGAAAAGCUUCGCCUUCCCAAUUCUGGAGUUGAAAUUGGGAAAUUUCCAGCCAAAAAUCUGGACUGGAACAUCAUUGGAAUCUCUGGGCAAACUCCCUCUGGCCCAGCGAAGAAAGCAGAUCUGAACAACGACUACAAGUUAGUUUUGGAACUGAUCAUCGCUUGCCUCGAGUGUGGAAGCGGAGGUCAUGCCGAUGACAUCACGCAGGAGAGAGCCUUCAUCAUCAACGCUCUAAUUACCCAAUCUAAGGUAAAUUGGGCUGCACACUUCUUUAAAUCCAUCUCAAAACAUCUGGGAAAGCACAAUCAGAAGUACCUUUGUCAAGGUCUCUACAUUGGACAUAUUUUGGAAUCUAUGGGUGCUGCUUCUAAAGGAAAGAAUUAUGGAGAAAGAUAUUGGUUAUACUAUCUGUCUUCAAAAGGGGAAAACAGAGCUGGUGCCAGUGUCACUGCAGAGGAAAGUUCAUCAGAUAAUGUCCCACUCAUCCAUAUGGCAAAGACUGCCAAAAGGAAGCAAGUGGUGUCUCCCUCCAUUAGUAUUGAAGCACCACAGAACCUUGCAUUGAUCUGUUUGGAAGAGGAAGAAGAAGUCUCUGACCAUGGAGAACUUCAAAGGAAGAAGAAGAGGAAGAUCAACUCUCCAUCAACAUCUGGAAAUGUCAAUCCGGAUGAGUUGAAGGAGAAGGAACCUGCUGAGGAAACCUCUGCCCAAAACCGGAGCCCUCAACAACUUGAAGAAGAAAUUCCUCAAAAUGAGAAGAUCAUCAAGAAGUGCUUAGGAAUACCAGUCAACCAUAACUGUGAACAAAUUUUGGAUGACUACUGGGUAUGGCAAAGGAACCCUGAAGACUUGCAUCUGGAAUACCUGGCCAACACACCAGUUUCAGACUUUGAAGCAGAUGAUGAAGAUCCUGCAGUCUUCAAGCCAGUCUUCUCAAAAGACACAGAAGAUCAAGUGGUUCUCACUUCUGAAGCACAAGGUGUUUUGGAAGCAGCAGCUGAAGAUUUCCAAACACUUCCGGAAACCUCACAUGUUUCUGAAAUGGUUCUAACUGAAGUUGUAGAAAAAAAGGCAACCUCUCCCCCACUGGGUCAAUCUCAAGUUCUUGAGAUUCUCACAACUGCAUGUGAGAUCUCCAAUCCUACUGAAAUUGAGAUCCCGGAGAAGUCAGCAGAAAUUCCGGAACAGUCAGCUCUUCUAGAAACAAUGGAGCAAGCUGUUGAAGCACAAAGGAAUUCUGGAGAAGCUGAAAAGGAAACUCAAAUGGCAGAACUAGAGGUCUCGCAAACUCCAGUAGGCAUUUUUGAAGAACAGAAUGCAGCUGAAGAAAGAGACUCCCUCUCUAGGGAUAUAUCAAAUUUUGCGCUUGAUGAAGCAGAAGGAGAGUCUGAAAGAACACUGAAGGUUACUGAUGAAGAAGAUGUACAAGAAGAUGCUGAAUCUCUUCCUAUGCAACUCUUCCAAAGAACACCAUCCUCUCAUCAGGUGGUCUAGUGUUCCUAGUUGAUGUAGGUUGUCUAUUAUUGUUCAUUUUAGUUUUCCUAGGUUGAGCCUUAGGUUGUUUAGGUG